AGCGACACUUAGUAGGGGCGGAAGGGACGCUUAGUAUGGGCGGAAGCGCUACAGGCUGCCGCUUCCCUCUCGGCGCCGGGGCGGGGCUGGCUUGCGGCAGAUAAAAAUUGCUGUUCUCUCAACUCAGGAGUUCAUUGGCAAGAAAACUGAAAGCAUAUAAUCCCUGGGAACUACUCUACAGCCAGGUUUCUGGUAAUACCAGGCAAAAUGGCUACGGUAGCCCAGAAGCACUUUUUGGAAGGGCAGACGUACUCAGUCCCCCUGAUCCAACCGGAUUUACGCAGGGAGGAGGCUGUUCAGCAGGUGGCAGAUGCUCUUCAGUAUCUGCAGAAGGUGUCCGGCGAUAUCUUCAACAGGAUCUCCCAGCGGGUGGAGGCCAGCCGGGCACAGCUCCAGGCAAUCGGGGAGAGAGUCACACUCGCCCAAGCCAAGAUUGAGAAGAUAAAGGGUAGCAAGAAGGCUAUUAAGGUAUUUUCCAGUGCCAAGUACCCAGCCCCUGAACGACUGCAGGAGUACAGUUCAAUUUUUGCUGGUGCAGAAGAUCCAGCUAAACAGAAAGGGCCAAAACACAAGAUUCAGAGCAAACACCGAGUGCUGGAUGAGAAAGCUCUGCAGGAGAAGCUCAAGUACUUCCCUGUGUGCCUGAGCACCAAAAUUCACCAGGAGGAUGAUGCAGAAGAAGGCCUUGGCAGCCUCCCCAGGAACAUCAGCUCCGUCAGCUCCCUGCUGCUGUUUAACACCACUGAGAACCUGUACAAGAAGUAUGUUUUCCUGGAUCCUCUGGCUGGAGCAGUGACUAAGACUCAUGUGGCUCUGGAAACAGAGACAGAAGAGAAGCUGUUUGAUGCUCCUCUCUCCAUCACCGAAAGGGGACAGCUGGACCGACAGGUGGCUGAAAACUACUUCUAUGUGCCAGACCUGGGCCAGGUGCCCGAGAUCGAUGUGCCAUCCUACCUGCCCGACCUGCCCGGCAUUGCUGCCGACCUGAUGUACAGCGCUGACCUGGGCCCCGGCAUCGCCCCGUCCGCCCCCGGCGGGGCCAUCCCAGACCUGCCCACCUUCAACAUCGAGGCGGCGGAGCCUCUGCAGCCAGACCUUCAAGACACUGAGCUCUUGCCGCCUCCUCCCCCACCACCUCCUCCACCGCCUCCUGUUAUGCCAACUACAGUGCCUCCCCCGCCUCCCCUGCCCCAGCCCACAGCCCCUGCAGAGCCAGCCCGGACGGCGAGCGAGGAGAGCGGCCGUGCAGUGCCUGCAGCUUCAGUCCAGGGAGCCCCGAAGGAGGUGGUGAACCCCUCCACCGGGCGUGCCAGUCUGCUGGAGUCCAUCCGCCAGGCCGGGGGCAUCGGCAAGGCCAACCUCCGCAGCGUCAAGGAGAGGAAGCUGGAGAAGAAGAAGCAGAAGGAACAAGAACAAGUGAGAGCUACGGGACAAGGAGGAGAUUUGAUGUCAGACCUCUUCAACAAACUGGUGCUGAGGCGCAAAGGUAUUUCAGGGAAAGGGCCAGGAGGCUCCAGCAAUGCCGAUGCUCCUGGAAGUCCCGCUGGUGCCUUUGCUCGGAUGUCAGACUCAAUACCUCCCCUCCCACCCCCGCAGCAGCCUGUGGGGGAGGAGGAUGAGGAUGACUGGGAGUCAUAGCUGGACCCAGUUGAGUGGCAGUGCGAACCCCCGGACUCUUGCACAAAGCACGUUGCAGAGGGUGGGUGCUGGCAGGCCAGGGGGACUCUGUCAUUCCUCUCUGAGGAGCAACAGCAAGAGGAGCUAACCACUGCUAAGGUUACAGUUACCAGGGAGGGUUUUUCCUCUGCUGCCUGCUAUUCUGCACUCCCAGUACUACAUUCCAUCUCCAAUGCAGCUCUGGCUGGCACAAUAAAUCCCGCCUUAGCUGGCGAGUGGGGCAGCCUGUGCUCAGAGGAUCCGAGCUAGCAUUGCUCCUGAUUGGAAGGACUCUGCUAAUGGGGUGGGGGUGACUGCACAAGGCUCUCUUGCAGGCAAACAGCCCUUGCCUUGUGUGUGUCCUUGAUGCUUGCUUGCUCAAGCUCCCAUUUGCUCUGCUGUCGUCAGAACAAGCGUGCCUGUCCCAAACUCCUGGUGCUCUGGCACCUGUGGUUUCUCUUUUCUUCCUGGCUAAUGGUGAUCCUUUGCCUGCUGCCAUCUAGAAGAUUUCAAUAAAGUUGAAGGAAGCAGCA